AGCCAAUCAGCGAGCAGAGGGCGCGGCUGCGCGGAAGGUCCCACCCACGGCGGACGAUAAGAGCCAAGGAGACCCGAGACCGGCAGAGUGAGCUGCGUCGAGCACCUGCUGGGAAGGAACAGGUGGAUCGGAAGUUUGGAAAAAUAACUCGACGGAUCUAAGGCAGUUUCAGGGAUUGUUAGGCCAAAGGUGAACCAUAGGGAUCUUGUCAGGAAAUGGAGUUUAAUAAUAUAAAGUCCUCUGCUGCCCUCAUCUAUGAUGAGUUCAUCCAGAAUGCAGAUUCUCGGACGGAAAACUGGCUGCUUAUGUCGUCGCCUGUCCCCCAAACCCUCAUCAUUGCAGUAUACAUUUUCUUCGUCACAUCCCUGGGGCCUCGAAUAAUGGAGAACCGCAAAGCCUUUGACCUCAAAGGAGUCCUCAUUGUCUACAACUUCAGCGUGGUGGCUCUCUCACUGUACAUGUGCUACGAGUUUGUGAUGUCUGGGUGGGGGACAGGAUACUCAUUCCACUGUGACCUGGUUGACUACUCGGAAUCUCCACAGGCUAUGAGGAUGGCGGCAACGUGCUGGCUUUACUACUUCUCAAAGUUCAUUGAGAUGUUAGACACUAUAUUCUUUGUGCUGAGAAAGAAGAACAGCCAGGUGACGUUUCUUCAUGUCUACCAUCACUCCAUUAUGCCCUUCACCUGGUGGUUUGGUGUUCGCUUUGCCCCAGGUGGACUUGGAACAUUCCAUGCCCUGCUUAACUGUGUUGUCCAUGUUAUCAUGUACACAUACUAUGGGCUGACUGCCAUGGGCCCUAAUUACCAGAAGUACCUGUGGUGGAAGAAGUACCUCACUACCAUUCAGCUGAUCCAGUUUGUUAUGGUGACCAGCCACAUCUCCCAGUACUUUUUCAUGAAGGACUGCCCCUACCAGUUCCCCAUCUUUAUCUACAUCAUUGGCCUGUAUGGCCUGAUUUUCUUGUUUCUCUUCCUUAACUUCUACUACCACGCCUACACCAAGGGCAAGAGGCUGCCUAAAGUGUUGCAGAAUCAGACAUGGGCGCACCACACCAACGGAGUCAUGAAUGGAAACUCCAACCACGAAAAAGACCAGUGACGCAGAGCUCUGGGUUUAUCAGAGGUUUCGGGGCAGACCUCAUUUACGCAAGCAAACCACCGUGGUGGUCUGAGGUUCAACCCAAACUUGUUUUGGACUCUUACUUUUGGUUGCUGUUCUACUGGCAACUGCAAAAGACAAUCCUUAAAUUAUGACCAAAGUUCAUCUUUAUCUAGUUUACUGACCCAUGCUGAAGUGGGUUUGAUUUGUUUUGUUUUUUUAUUUAGGCUUUUUCUGUUUAUACUGAAGGUAAAUACCAAUUUACACAAGAGGUUCCUAAGUUUCUGCUGCAGUAUGGUUAAACACAAUUUCCCAAGAAGCAACAAUUACACUGGCCAUUGGGCUUCACCUGUGGUAGGACUACUGGGCUCUCAGCUGUACAGUUGUACUGGACUUCUACUAAACUGCUAGUUUAUGAUCAUUUUACUUUUGUUACUUGAUCCCUUUUCUUUGAAGCCUUUACAGAAAUUCAGCUGAGGUUUUUAAAGUUGCGCACUGAAAAGUUACGGGUUGUUUUCACCGAGCCUGAAAUAUAAAGUGUUAUCGUCGUCCACAUUUCCAAAAUGGGGUUGAGGCUACACUUUUCCAGUCAUUCAGGCCUUUGGUUAAAUGGUUGCAUGAGUGCAAAAAUAGGGUUUUCUUCACUUUGGAUUAAACACACCCGCCCACAUUUCCACACCGGUCACAACUGCUGCUGAUGGUAGAGACAUGCAAUGAAAUGAGCGGUCUUCACACUGUCGGUUUUAAUCCCUGCCUUAAUUCUCCUAUGAAGCGAGGUUGUGACACACAUGCCAGAUGAAACCCGAUGAACCACUGUGGUUCUUGUAGGAUCCAAAGCAGACCAUGGUCUUCUUCCUGACAUAGACGCAUUUUAAAAUAACACUAUUACAGAAUCCGGUGUGCACAGUUGAGAAAAAGGGAGCAGCCUUAUUUGCGAUCUAUGCAUUGCGCUAAAGGAUUGUUUUGAAAGGCCUGCAGUCUCUGAAUUUGUCUCUGUGGUAGUUUUAUAUUGGAUGUGUUCUUAUAUUGGAAAGUUGAGCCUAGUCCACUGGUGACUGAGGACGCAGGAGUGAGCUUUCUUUGGAAAUUAUUUCACCUUUUUUAUCAGGUGCAAACGCAUGCUAUCUCAAAGUUUACAAAUGUAAAAUGCUUAUAGAUGUUGGUAAUAGGAGUCAACUUUUUCACAUCUUAUACCAUUGGAUAAUAUUGCAAAGA